GUGCUGCGUUUCCAACAUGGUGGUUUUUCCGUGCGAGUGGUGUGCUUGUGAGAUGAGUCCCAUGUCCGGAAGAGAAUAUUUUACUUUGUUCUUGGUACAAACGCCCGAGUAAGUUUCACGAGGACCAUCGCAUAGCGGCGUCUUCCGAAAGGAGGAGGAGGAGGAGGAUGCUGUGCACCAUGGAGAAGCCCAGCCCAGGUGGGGGUGCCACGGGGGGCACGUGCACCUCAAGCGUGCCCAAGAUCAUGGUGUUCCGGCCCACCCUGGAGGAGAUGCAGGACUUCUCCAAGUACCUCGAGCACAUGGAGUCCAUGGGGGCACACAAGGCCGGAUUGGCCAAGAUCAUCCCACCUAAGGAGUGGAUCCCGCGCAAGGGUGGCUACGACGACAUCGAGAUGGAUAUUCCGUCGCCUAUCUCGCAAGUAGUGUCAGGGGGCCAGGGCUUGUACCAACAGUACAACAUCCAGAAAAAGUCCAUGACCGUCAAAGAGUUCCGGCGCGUGGCCCAAAGUGAUCGUUUUAACACACCUGCUCACUUUGACUAUGAGGACUUGGAACGGAAGUACUGGAAGAAUAUAGCCUUCAAUGCUCCAAUCUAUGGUGCGGACGUCUCGGGAUCCCUGUACGACCCUGGUGUCAAGGAGUUCAACAUCAACCACCUGAACACCAUCCUGGACCUGGUGGGCCAGGACUACGGCAUCAAGAUUGAGGGUGUCAACACUGCCUACCUCUACUUCGGCAUGUGGAAGACCACAUUUGCCUGGCACACGGAGGACAUGGACCUUUACUCCAUCAACUACCUCCACUUUGGGGCCCCCAAGUCGUGGUACUGCGUGCCUCCCGAGCACGGCCGGCGCCUCGAACGCCUUGCGGCUGGCUUUUUCCACAACACGGCCCAGGAGUGUGCCGCCUUCCUGCGCCACAAGAUGACCGUCAUAUCGCCCCAGGUCUUGCGCCAGUACUCCAUACCUUACAACAAGAUAACCCAGGAGGCCGGCGAAUUCAUGAUCACUUUUCCGUAUGGGUACCAUGCUGGCUUCAACCACGGUUUCAACUGUGCCGAGUCUACUAACUUCGCUCUGCCUCGCUGGGUCGAGUACGGCAAGAGAGCUUCACAGUGCCUGUGUCGGAAUGACUGCGUGAAGAUCAGCAUGGACGUGUUUGUGAAGAAGUUCCAGCCCGAGCGGUACGAGUUGUGGCUGGCCGGCCAAGAUGUGGGCUGCCACCCUGAAGACUCCUCCAGUCGUGUGGCUGCCCGGCCACCCACCCACCUUGAAAUGGCCAUGCUGCGUUCUAUGAUCAAGUCGAAGUCCAAGCGCCACCCCGUGCUGGCCAAGGGUUGCCUCGUACCUGAAGAGGAUGCUGGCGACACUGAUGGCACGGAGAUCUACGACCCCGAGGAUGAUGAGGACACCAAGAAACAGCGGCGGCCCUCCAAGGGGUCACUGUCCAAGCGCAAGCCCAAGGGGGCGGCACAGGGUGGCGACAAGGCCAAGCGGGUUCGCAGGUCUCGCACCAACAGCACCAAUGACAGGGAUGCCUCACCCACCAAAGUGUCUGCGAGCAAAAACCCCACCCAAUACAGUGGCCUGAUGCAGGAGUUGAGUGUCGUGGUGGAGCCCCUGGCGCACGUGGGGCCUCCGAAACUGGAGCCCCACAAGGCGACCCCGGCUGUGGCUCCUCUCUCGGAGGAAACAACGCAGCUGCCCACUGAAAGCGAUAAGGAUGUGUACCACCACACUACUGAGCUGCCCGCAUUGAGCCUGGGACCGGGGGGUAGUCUGGGCGACCAGUGGUCCCUGAUGACUCCGGUGGAGGCACUUGUUCCCGCGCCAUCGUCCUCCCCCAACCAUUCGGCACCGCUUCUUCCUUCCCCACCAGAGGAGACCAGCGCGCUUCCCUCCUCGAAGGUGGCCCAUGAGGCAGAGGAGGAGGAAGUGACACCCACCCCUGGCAUGCCGCGCAAGCUGUGCCUGAGCACAGCUGUACGACGCCAGCCCCUGCACCCAGCGCCCAAAAAGGCCAAGGUGCAGCAUCCCACUGUCAUCAGGGGCCAGGGCGAGGACAGCAGCGAUGAGGGGUGGUCGUCGGGAGGGGACACCUCCGUGUCGAAGGCCAACAGCAGUACCGCCACAUCCCCGGCGGCCACGACAGGUGGCAACGGCAGUGGCAGUCUCGGGGCGAGGGAGCCCGGUAGCUGGGCAGCGCCGUACAUGGACCUGUGGAACUUCCGACCGGCCAGCCUGUAUGCCGAGCGCCAGCUCAACCGGCACUCCUCCACCCUCGAGCCGCACUGCGCCCUCUGCCUGCUCUUCCGGCCACUCCAGUAUUCACGUGAGGAAACGCCCCGAGAGCAGCCCACAGUGCCGGAGUCGAGUGCCGUGUGGAUGCCUGCCGUGUGCUUCGUCAAUGGUGGCCUGGACGUGGUGCGUAGCGCCGAAGUGGGCAUGCCGGAGAUUCCCGACACAGACGUCAAGUCGAGCGAGCUGCUCGUUUGCUCCUCUUGCUCUGUCUGUGUUCACAAACACUGUUACGGUGUCACUGUGCCCGUCAUCAAGGAGACUUGGAAGUGCGACCGGUGUGCGAUUCAACCUGUCAGCGUGGAGUGUUGCCUCUGCUCGCUGCGCGGGGGUGCCCUGAAGCAGACGACGCAUGGUCGCUGGGUGCACCUGCUGUGCGCCCUGUUGGUGCCCGAGGUGCACCUGGUGGACCCGCACACCCGUUCACCUGUGGACGUGCUCAGAGUCACACCGCAGAGGGCCCGCCUGCGCUGCACGUACUGCCACAAGCUACGAGACCGGCUCGGCUGUCCCCUGGAGUCGGGCGCGUGCAUCCAGUGCACAUCGGGCAAGUGCACGACAGCCUUCCACGUCACGUGCGCCCACGCCGCAGGUGUCUCGUUCCUCACCUCCGACUGGCCACUGCCCAUCUUCAUAAAGUGCAUCAAGCACAGUUCAACGCAGGGCGACACCAAGGUCAGGGAGGACACUACUCUUUCACGACUUGAGAAAGUGACACCACGGGAGCGCCCGCCGGCCGAGCCCCUGCCGGCAGUGGAGCCCGGCAGUCGUGUGGUGGCCAAACACAAGAACGGCCGCUACUACUGGGGACAGGUACGAGAUUGUCGCAGCCAAGACUUCUACUCGGUAGACUUCGAAGACAACUCCUCCUGCGACAAUAUGCGGCCAGAGGACAUAGUGGAUCGUGACUGCGUGCAGGCAGGACCACCCAACCCUGGCGACAUAGUUCAAGUGAACUGGACGGACGGCAAGUUGUACAGCGCUGUCUUCAAGGGACACAGAACGAUCACCUUGUACACGGUGGUGUUUGAGGACGAGUCCGAGCGGAUAACCAAGCGUGAGGAUAUCUACGCCGAGGGAGAAGAGCUCCCGAAGCGGGUCAAGUCUAGGUUGAUUGCGCCUCCGAGUGCGGCUUCACAGCAAGGCAGAACACAUUGCGGUGAAGCUGCCAUGUGGAGGCAAGGAUGGUGUCUGAAGCGACCGAGAGGCAGCACAUCGACCUGUUCGAAGAACAGCCGGUGGAAGGUCGUCGCCGCCGGGCCCUUAACGUCCGCUACAUCGAUGAUGACAUCCUGCUCCUCUGAAGAAUGUGGCAGCACGUCGUCAUCGUCAUCAUCGGCGUCUCCCGAGCAGCAACAGCAGCCCCUCCGCUGCCCACCUCUCUACCUGCGGAGGGAGAGCACACCACCACACGUCGCUGUGCUGCCCACUGUUGUCUCAGCAACCGCCCAGCAGCUCUCGUCUUGUCGGUGAUGAUGACGCAGUGAGAACAGUGUUGUUGCCCGAGAACAUUGGCAACCGCUGAGGCCUGAACAAGAAUACUGUGUGUGUGUAUGUGUACGUGUGCGUGGUUGCAAAAGAUGUGCUUGCAUAGUGAACUGAAGUAUUGGCUGCAGUCCUGGACCUGAAACACAAGCCCACUGCAGUGCGUUUUCAUCAAAGGGAGGCCUAGCAGCACAGCUGCAACGUGCAAAUGUGUAUGUGUGCUCGCAACACAUAUAUUGCACCAAAUGAACCAGUCUCUCAAGAUGUGCACAUUGCGAACAUUACCUACUUGUGUGAUACUGUACUGUGUGCUUGGUCUGUCACAUUUGCACUUUGUCUAUAGAAGUGGUAGUUUGGGGUAUGGGGAGGGGGCAACACUGUACAGGUUUGACUCUUCAUGUAACACAGUCCCAUCGCCCACGGCUACUCCAUUGUAUUAGUGUUCGUGUGCAUCCUAGUUGACCAUUGGCGAGGGCACUUGCAGUAGGAGCAUGCUGAAAGCAACGUGUUGCCCGCUGUGUGUACCAAGCGUGUCACCUGGUGAGCUGUAAGACAUCCCCCUCCUGAGGUUCACCGGUACUGGAAAUUGGCUGUACUGGCACACGUCAUUUCUUUGACUCUACACCUUUCUGUAGAUGUUUCUGUAAUGCAGAGAGCCCUCCCAAAAGCAUGAACAAACUGGCUGUCUGUGUGUAUAGGCUGGAAUCAAGAUUUCUAGCAACCAUUAGUUUUCAGUUAUAUGUUGAGACAGAGAAGAAAUUUUGCAUUUGGGCGACUUCUAACAUCAUGGGCAGGUACGAAUGUCGACCUGUAGCAAUAGAAAAAUGAAUGGCACGCCAACGACGGUCUAGUGUUCGGAUACCGUGUGUGCGCCCAGGGGACAAGCAAAUUGCUGCAGGAACACUUGUGGUGCUUACAAGGUGUCUGCGUGGGUAAAAUUUGGCUCAUUGAUAUAAUGUGCUCAUGUAUGAGCGUCUGCGACUUGUCAUAUGCUUUAGUGGGGCCAUUAAGUACAUUUACAGCUGUGGUAUUUUUAAGUUACAAAACAAAGGAGGUAGGUUAUUAGUCAUUUGGAGCCUGUAGUUUUCAGUUGUGGCAAUUGGUGCUGAGAAGCAUUGUCAUAGUAUGUCAUAGUUGUGCGCAACCACCUAAUGGUGCUAUAUGAAUCAGUCUCGGAAUGCCCUUGUUUGAAGUUUGAUAACAUGCAAUGUCCUAAAUCUAAUUUUGGAUUUCUCGCAUUGCCUGUGGGUUUGUUUGUGGGGGCAGGGGGGGGUCGCCGGUUGCUUGAUGUGAUGUAGAGCCCUUGGUUCUUGCAGUAUGAGGGAGGGGGGAUGUUGCCUACCCGACUGCCGUUCUGAGUGCUCCUGGACAUGCCCAAAGUUCAUUCCUGUUGCCAACUCAUCUUCCUUCAUCUGCCUUUCUUUCUUUUAAUUAUUUCCUGUAAGCUACGCCAUCAGGAUGAUUGGGCGAGAUGAUGUCAUCCUUAUGUCGCAUUGCCUCGGCCACAAUUGUCCAUUUCACAAUAUUUCAAUGCUCACUACCUCCAAAAGGGCCCCCAGCAAACUGGAUGUAGGUUUCAUCAACGCUACCUGGUACAGCAGUUGACGUAUCCUAAAGUUGGUGGCAGCACUGUUUGAGAUGCAAGCCACUAUUUAGAAGGACUGUCUUGUCUGCAAAUUCACAUUUGUCAGUCUCUGUCGGAGAACAGUAAGCGGCUUGUUAAAAACAUAGUUGUUGGAUGAGCUACUGACAAGUUGCUUUUCAUAUUUCGAGAAAGCAGUGUCAACAGCUUCCAUUUGUUUUCACAUCCAUGUGUUCCGCCAAAGCCUAAUAACGAGUUCUAGUGUUUGCUUUAAGUGCCGUCUUGGCCUGUGGCAUCUCGUCGCCAUGGUGAGUGUCAGUCGCUAGAAAACUUGGCAGUGCUUUUGGCGGAGGAAAAUGCUUGCGGAGGGCAGCGUUUAAACAAGGCUGACAUCCUUGGCAGAGUUGCUUCCUGUUUGCUGGUUUCCCUUCUGACUAUAUUCUUGGGUGUGUUGUUUUGUUCGAUCUCAUCAUUGGAACACUGGUGGGCAUAGAAUUUUGGUUUUUGUUUCCAAGCAGUAUUCAAUUUAUUUUUCAUUUUUUUCUUUAUCUUUGUCACUGAAAAGCAAUCAUAAGUGUGGGGUUUGUUCCUUUGUUUCAACAUGUUUAGUGAUGCCAUGUUUUUUCUGUUUCUUUCAACUAGGUCAGUGUUUUGUGGCCCCACUGGAACCUAGAGGCCAUACUAGUAUUUCUUCAUGCUUUGUGUAUUCUAACAUGCUUCAACAUGAAUUAUCAUUUACAUGCGUUAGCUUUCUUGUUUUUUGCAGCGUUUUAUCGCAUUAUAUGGUGGAACGUUCGCAGUUGCUUUCACUCCUUCCCUUUGCUGCUUUUUUAAUAGCAAAUAUAUUGUAGGGAUUUUAGUAUAUACUUCUAAAAGGGUGGCUAUUGCAAUGAUUAGGAUUCAUGGGCAGUUAUGUGCAACGACACAAGCAUCUCCCACUGCCGUGGUGUUUUAUUCGAGGCUACAAAAAGGAACUGUGAAAAUUGCACCUUGUCUUCUGUGCAAUUAUUUUGGCAUACUAUAUGCAGUGUUGUGCCAUUUUGCUCAUUUGAGGACAUUUAUAGUAUGUGUAAUCUACUGUAGAAGCAUGGUGGCAUACAUGAAGUGCGAAAUUUCGUUUGGCAAGAUUAGUACCUACAUCCUAAGCUUGAUAUCUAUGGCACUUUUCAUGGUGUUGUGGUCAGUCUCUUUUUAAAUAUAUUUUUUUCUCUUCAAUUCUCAUUUGGCAGAGUACUUCCUGUGUUAAUGAAUUUUCGCUUGUUAAAUGCGUGUGCGUUUGUGUGUCCAAAAUGCGUGGUAUUUAAACAGUGCUUGGUCAACAAGCGUGUGUACAGAAGCAUAUCGCAUGUGUAGAAAAAAAUCAGUUUCACAAAAGCCGUGAGGUUAACCCAGAGGCAUGACAUUGCGUAUUCAGAAAAUGUACUCGGAGCAUCCUGUUGUUUACCUAGCAGACAUUCAUGUAUAACAUUUUGCAUCUUUGUCAUCCCUAUAGUUUUGAGUGAAGAUUUCUCUAUCUCGUGUUUGUUCACAGAUUAUUUAUAAAUGCCUACCUAUUCUGGCUUGUACUAUUGUUUGCCAGCCAAAAUAAAAGUCGUGUUGUACAUA